CUGAUAAAUGCAGUUAAUAACAACGAAAUAAGUAAUAAGUAAUAACUAUUGUUGUUGUUAUUAAUAAUAAUAUGUAACGUAAUAUUAUUUAAAAUUAAGAAGAAUUAACGUGUUGGAUAUUUAAUUACAGAUUAAUAAUAAAAAGUGCAAUGUCAGCAUUAGCGUCAUUAACGGCUAAUUAUACUGAUUCUGAAGAUGAAGGCACUACACCUAAUCAGCGAAGACAAAGUGAAGAAAUUCCUAAUCCAAACCUCUCAGAAGAACGCCUACCUAGUCCUAAGUUACAAAUACCAAAUUCAGCACCAGCUGUAACCAAUCCAGAAGAUGACAAUAAAACUAACCUAGUUUCAUAUUUUGAAGAACACGAUAUUGUUAUGUCAGACGAAGAAAUUGAUCACCGACAAUCUAUAGAUGAACAAGAUAUUUUACCACCAGAACCUCCAGGUAGAUGUUCUAAGGAACUACAAGAAAAAAUUGCUCGGCUACAUGAAAAAAUGGGAAAAGAUGGCAUGGACAUGAACUAUCUUAUUCAAAAAAGAAAAGAUUUUCGAAAUCCCAGUAUAUAUGAGAAAUUGUUACAGUUUUGUAAUAUUAACGAGUUAGGAACCAAUUACCCGCCACAUCUUUAUGACCCACUCAGAUGGGGUAAAGAAUCUUUUUAUGAAGAAUUAGGACGAUUACAAAAGGAAGACAUGGAAAAGAGGCAGAAAGAAAGGAAAGAAAAAACCAAGGUUGAAGUGGUAUCAGGUACCAAGAAACCGAACAAUAGUGUUACAACUUCCCACAAACCUGAAGACAAAAAAAGUAAAUGGGAUUUGACGACUUCUGCUACUGGAACAAAGGGAACCAUCAUUUCAGCUUUUGGUUCUCUACCAAAAAAACAGAAAUUAGAUAUUCAUUAAAAUGUACAAUAUUUUAAUAUAUUAAUAAGUUUUAGCAGUAAUUGUAAAUACUUUUUGUUAAAAAAACGAAACAGUGCACUAGGUUUAAUUCCAUUUUAUUUGUGUAAUAAAACAAUUUAUAAAGAUAA